AUGGGUAAGCGACCUAAGCGGAAAGAUCUUGAUUUUUCUUUGUCUCCUUCUAAGUCUGAUGCUGCUGUUAACAGAAAUUCCCGUCGUAAACGUGUGGUUAGUGGUGGUGAUGCUUUUGUGUUGCUCGGGUAUUACAAUUGUGGGGAUUGUGAUUGCGUUUGCGAGUUCUAUGGAGCGUUCUUUUGGUACGUUGAAAGGAUUGUGAAUUUGUCACGUCUUGACCAUCCUAGGUAUAAUCGUUGUUGUAAGUCUGGGUCUAUUGUCCUUCGUUAUCCUCAUACACCGCCUACAAAGAUUUAUGAUCUUUAUAUGAACAUACAUUUUUUGAAUGACAUUGGAGCAUAUAAUAGUAUGUUUUCAAUGACCUCUUUUGGAACAAAUGUUGAUGACGAAAUCAACAAUGGGCGAGGUAAGAGUCAGCGAAUUAGUAAGCUUCAUCCUCCUUAUAUGUCUGUACAACAACCGUUGCUUUUUCCAUUCAGUGAGGAUGCAUGGAUGGUCUCCGCAUUUAAAUUUGGUGUUGCAGAUCUCUAUACUAUAGAGUUUCAGAAAGAAAGAGACCUUCCGCAUUGUCAUACGUUAUUAUGGGUGACACCUUCGAAAAAAGUUAAAACAACUAUUGAUAGUGACAGAUACAUAACAACAGAGUUUCUAGAUUCAAUUUUGGAAGCAACAUUGUAUCAAACAGUAGCCACAUGUAUGCUACAUGGCCCAAGCGGAUUGCUAAACAAAGAUGCUCCAUGUAUGAAAGAUAGGAACUGUAGUAACUUUUCCAAAACCAUUUCAAGAAACCAGUGUUUUUGA